UGUGGCGCCAAAGACGUCCUCCUGCGGCUGUACGACCGUCUACGUCGCCUGCUGCGCGUGGUCGGCGGGGCACUCCUCGAGUAAUGCCGGCAGCUUCUGACGCUGGCCAAUGUGAAGAACAAAGCAAAACACCUCUGGCGGAGGAAGGUAGUUGUACCAGUACCUGCGCACCUCCUAGUAAAGAGCAAAUAGUACCACCUAGACCUAGUUCUCCACCAACAUGUAGUACUAGAGCUAGAAGCAGAGGAACUAGAAGACGAAGUAGAGCAGUCACUCCAAGAGCUGCAGCAGGUCGCUCUGCCGCCAACACUAACGCUAGAGAAGCGCAAAAUGCAAAGAGUAGUUCUUCAUCACAAGAAACAUCGACUUCACAUGAAACUACUUUUAAGGGUAGGUUAAAGGUGCUUUUCUUACCGCUUUUUAUGCCUCUCCUAAGGGAGAAAGGCAUAACAAGCGGGGUAAGCGAGCACCAAAGACCUACCUCUAAUACUUCUAAGAGCACAACUUCUACUUCUACUAGAGCCAAAAGAACAAACACAGAGAUUCUUGACGAAUUCGGAGUUCGAAAACGAG